GGAGAUCCUGGACUUACAUCCACCACACACUCACACGACAGGCAAUGGCACCGACAGCUGCGGCUCAUCUCGCCCCGCCACCGGAACUCGACGGAGACCACCCGGUCAAAGAUGCGACCGAACCCGAACCUCCGCCCUACACGGCGGCAGAAGAGUCCGAGCCGGAGGAGGACCCGUGGGAUCUUCCCGAGCUCCGGGACACCGGGGAGAAGUGGUCCGAUCUCGACACGAAAGGGAAAGUUCUGCGCGUUCUCAAGUCCAUCGUGAAGUUCGUUCUCCUGGUGGGUUUGCUCUAUGUGUUCGUCUGCUCGCUGGACAUCCUCAGCUCCGCUUUCCAGCUGGUCGGAGGGAAGGCAGCGGGCGAUAUCUUCCAGGAAAACGCGGUGCUGUCGAACCCGGUGGCCGGGCUGGUGAUCGGGGUUCUGGUCACUGUUCUGGUUCAGAGCUCCAGCACCUCGUCCUCCAUUGUGGUCAGCAUGGUGUCAUCUGGAUUGUUGGAGGUGAAGUCGGCCGUGCCGAUCAUCAUGGGUGCCAAUAUCGGCACUUCUGUGACAAACACCAUCGUGGCCAUGAUGCAAGCAGGAGACCGCAAUGAGUUUCGCAGGGCAUUUGCUGGUGCUACGGUCCAUGACUUCUUUAACUGGCUGUCUGUCCUGGUGCUGUUGCCUCUGGAGUGGGCCUCAGGAUUCCUCUACAGGCUCACCAAAGUUGUGAUUGACUCCUUUAACAUUCAGAGCGGCGCAGACGCUCCGGAACUGUUAAAGGUCAUCACUGAACCCCUCACCAAGAACAUCAUUGAGCUGGACACCUCUGUGAUCCGUGACAUCGCCACUGGAGACCCUGCGGCCCGGAACAAAAGUUUGAUCAAGAUCUGGUGUAAAACGAAAGAAGUCACGAACCUUGUGAAUAUAACAGUCCCUGGAUUUGAAAACUGCACCCCUAAUGCUCUCUGCUGGGUGGAGGACGACAAUAUCUGGACUCAAGAGAACCAAACAGAAACGAUCAACUUAAAAAAAUGUAGUCACAUGUUCGUGUUCGCUGAUCUACCUGACCUGGCCGUGGGGUUGAUUUUGCUGGCUCUGGCAUUGCUGGCUCUCUGUACCUGCCUCAUUCUGAUCGUCAAGCUGCUGAACUCCAUGUUGAAGGGUCAGGUGGCGGUCGUCAUCAAAAAGGUGCUCAACACAGAUUUCCCCUUCCCCUUCGCCUGGCUCACGGGAUAUCUGGCCAUGCUUGUUGGAGCGGGAAUGACCUUCAUUGUUCAGAGCAGCUCGGUCUUCACCUCAGCCAUCACUCCACUAGUCGGUAUUGGUGUCAUAAGCAUCGAGAGGGCUUAUCCACUCACGCUGGGCUCCAACAUUGGCACAACAACCACUGCUCUUCUAGCUGCUUUAGCCAGUCCUGGAGAGACACUGGCUAACUCACUACAGAUUUCUCUCUGUCACUUCUUUUUCAACAUCUGUGGUAUCAUUCUGUGGUAUCCCAUCCCCAUCACGCGCAUCCCUAUCCGAUUGGCCAAAGCUCUGGGCAACCGCACGGCCAAGUACCGCUGGUUCGCGGUGGUGUAUCUCGUCCUGUGCUUCCUCCUCCUCCCUCUGAUAGUCCUAGGCCUCUCCAUUGCGGGGUGGCAGGUGUUGGUGGGGGUCGGAGUGCCUGUUGUGGUCUUUGUGAUCGCUGUGGUCAUAGUGAACAUCAUGCAGAAUCGCUGGCCGCGUUUCCUGCCCUCGUUCCUCCGAAGCUGGGACUUCCUGCCCAAACCGCUGCACUCCCUCAAACCCUGGGACAGAGUGGUGACCGUCGUCACGACUUUCUGCAGGACUCGCUGCUGCUGCUGCUGCAAGUGUUGCAAAGAAAAAGAGAAGGAUGAAGAGACGGAUGACAUUAAAACCAAGGAUAGAAGUUUGGAGAUGUAUGACAAUCCAACGCUCACUGUAGAGGACGAGGCCAAAAUAAAUGCAACGCAUUUAUAACACUUAACAGAACCUUUUUAUGUAAAGCAUUGUUUAUAAUGUAACCUACAGUAGUCAACAUUUGAAGUGGAUCAAAACUAAUACAGCACUGGAUACAAUACAAGUAAAAGCUGCUAUUUUUAGCUAUAAUGUAAAAUGUAGAUGACUCUACUUAAUUAUACUUGAAGCUUUUCAUGUCUACGGACUCUAUUUAUUCUGAAAUGGGUUGUUUUGAUGGCAGUGCUCGAAUACCAAAUUAGAUUAAUGUAAAUAUUUUGCUGUCAUCAACAACAAAGUCUCAAUCACAAUACUAAUUUAACACUAUAUGCUUUUGCAAAAUGUUUAAAGAACAUGUGAAACUGUUUCUCCACAAUUUCCUGUUUUAACAGGAAGUACUAUAUCAGCACAGGAAAGAAUAUUGCACUUAGUGAAGUCUUUCAGACCAAUGCAUCAGAUACACCGACUUUAAAUGACACCAUGGUGCAGAAGUUGCUACCUAGCUGCUGUUGAUGCUACUGUUGUGGUUGUUUGUACCUGACCCACCAGAGCUUUCAUGAAAUUCCGAGUUUGUAUAAAUCUUCAGUAUUUAAAACAAUAGUAAAAUGGAGGUGAGCAUUCCCACGUUAAAAAAAUGCAGAAACUUGACCAUAAUUUUGCACAUUAUGUAGAACUAUGUACUUUGUUUGUUUGUUUUUAGAUCUUUGUAAAAUUUGAGGGUUUUUUUAAUGUCUGCUUUGUACUGUUGCAUUUUGUAAUUUUAUUAAUUUUUAGACUUAAAAUAUUUCUUUACUCCCAUGUAAGAUAUUGUCAUUAGCAUUAAAAACAACAUGAGAACACUGGA